AAUACAUUCCUUUUAUUUUCACCGCGUUCCUGCAAUAUGGCAGCCUCCAGUCAAAAAAUUGUUACGAAACAAUAACAUUAGUUAUUUCGGUGCAAAUUACUCAGUUGCAGGUUUUUGACUUGUAGAAUUUUGUUGAACAGAAGAUGGCAAUGAAGGCACAGUUGAUUGCUAGGACAUAUGUGAGAUGUCACAUGUACAGAACACUGUCACGAUACAUCAGUGAUAGAGCGAAAGAUGAACAGACAAAGGCUUUACUAGAUAAGAUCAUCAGGAUAGAUCAUGCAGGGGAGUUUGGGGCUAAGAGAAUUUACCAGGGUCAGCUGGCUGUGCUUGCUGACACACCCACAGGACCUUUAAUACAGGAGAUGCAGGAAGAAGAGGAGAAACACUUGGCUGAGUUUGAGAAACUGAUGCGAGAUCACCGUGCUAGACCAACUGUACUCUUACCUCUCUGGAAUAUUGCAGGAUUUGCACUUGGAGCUGGGUCAGCAUUGUUGGGUAAGGAAGGGGCCAUGGCAUGUACAGUGGCAGUGGAAUCUGUCAUAGGCCAACACUAUAAUGAUCAGAUAAGAGAACUAAUGGAAGAUGAUCCGGAGAAACACAGAGAACUACUCAAGACAUUAAAAGAAUUUCGAGACGAUGAAUUACAUCACCAUGAUACAGGGUUAGAACAUGAUGCAGAAAAGGCCCCAUUUUACAAUGUCCUAUCGGAAGCAAUCAAGAUCGGCUGUAAAGGAGCAAUAUGGAUCUCAGAGAAAAUAUGACAGCACUGUGUAGUGACAUUCCAUAGCAUGAUAAACUGCUUACAGAAAAUCUGCAGUUACUUGCUGUUCUUUAGCUGAUACCUUUUUUGUGGGACAUGUGGAUAUAAUGCAUUAAGCCAUUUAGUUGUUAAUGAAAAACUGCAGUAUUGUUGACCAUGGUAUUUCAGGCUAGAUAUAAACUCUUGCAGAGGUUUUUCAUUUGUUUAAACUUUGUAAAUGGGCAAAGAAUACUGCAUUUAACUGCCUUUUUGUGUUGAAAAUUGUUAUGUAUUAAUAAAAUUAUGAUCAAUCA